UCGGGUUUCCGCUGGGACAGCUAGGGCGGCCCGGACGGAAGUAGCGUGGGGCGUGUGGGCGGGGCCCGGUGCAGCCAUGUCCGCGGCCUUGCUGCGGAGAGGCCUGGAGCUGCUGGGGGCGCCCGAGGCCCCCCAGGCCGCGCCGGGCCCGGCCACGCCGAGCGGGGCUCCGGGGAAGCGGGCCGCGAAGGCGAAGGCGAAGGCGACCCAGGCCGGGAAGCUGCGGAACUCGGCGAAAGGAAAAGUGCCCAAGUCGGCGCUGGCUGAGUUCCAGAAGCGAGAGCGUCGAGGCUACCUUGGGGAGAACCUGAGGUUCAUGACCGGUGCCAGAAGCACCGUGCCGGAGUCCGUCACCCAGCAGAUUCUGCGCCAGAAUCGGGGCCGCAAGGCCUGUGACCGGCCUGUGGCCAAGAAGAAGAAGAAGGCUGAAGGCACUGUGUUCACGGAGGAGGACUUCCAGAAGUUCCAGCAGGAAUACUUCGGCAGCUAGGCUCCUGGAGGGCCCAGUGGGAGAGGCUUGGGCCCAGCUUCCUCCUCUGACCUCACAGCCAUUGCUGGGCCUGGCACUCUGCCAUGCACAGAGGGGGCCAGGCUGACCCGAGGAAGCCCUGGAGCUGAAGCCAGGGGCAGGCUGGCAUGGAGCUGGUGAGCUGGACGCCUGCGGGAGCAUUUAAACUCGGACGGAGGGGAAACCCGCAGGCUUGGGAAGAGCUACCUACCUGCCAAAAAGGAACAUUUCUGACUGUAUUGUUUGCUUUGGCCCAAGUAGGACCUCUUGGCUGUUUGCUGUAGAGGCCAGUUACUGGCCCUCAGGGGCCACACCUCGAGGAGGAAGAGGAGGGCUGCUGGGUAUGCUUCCAGGUUCUAAUAAAUAUGGGCUCCAGCUGGGUGUGUGCUGCUGGU